AUGUCGUUGAGCAGCAGCAUGUCUAGUAUCGUUUGGACGAGUACGGCGGUCAUACCCGCUUAUUGCGCGGCGUUCUCGGCGGUCAUACUACUAGUCACCGCGAUACAAACUUAUGGGAAUCGGAGGGCGUCGGCAGCGGACGCAAGCAGCAGUCCCGAACCAGACCAUCUACACGGCUCCAGGACGUUCCUGGGUCGACGACUCUACUCUAUUGGCGGCAUUGCGAUCGCCACUUGCCGACUGAUCCAGCUUUUGGUCGUCCUCGGUCUACUUGGAAUCUCGGCUUCCGCGAUUCUGCGGCACGACAGCAUACACGAAAGCGCGGAACUGGACAUUCAAAUCGCGCAAUGUGCCUUUUAUAUAUACGUGGGUAUGUUAGGGCUACUAGCGAUAUUCGGUAACCCUCCACUCGAGCAACGCGUUUUCGCACAUGCGUCAAUCCUCAUCGCCGUGACGUGGUGCGUAUACAUGUAUCGCGACGUCUGGCCUCUUGCGACUUUCACUGAGUCCCCUGCGGAUCUCGCCGAGGGCAAAGUUCUCUGGGCAAAGGUCGCAUUACUCUUUCUCGGAGGAGUGGCGCUCCCGCUUCUCACCCCGAGACAGUACAUUCCUCUCAAUCCUAAAAACACACAACGCGAGCUCGCCCCCGAGCAGACUGCGUCUAUACUGUCCAUCCUCUCAUACAGCUUUGUGGAGUCGGUCGUCUGGAAGGCAUGGAGCGUCCCGCGCCUCACCUACGAGAUGCUGCCCCCGCUGCCGGAGUACGACUACUUGACAAACCUGAAGCGGAAGAGCUUUCCCUACUUAGACCCCCUACAAGCCAAGUCUCGCAGACACAUUGCAUUUGGCUUGAUACGAAUUUUCGGGUCGCACUUGGGCAAAUUAGCUGUGGUUGACUUCGUGAUGGCUGUCGUGUCAUUUGGGGGACCUCUCAGCGUAAAUCGACUUUUGACAUAUCUGGCGACUGGUGGAGUCGAUGCACAGAUCCGGCCGUGGUUCUGGAUCGUGCUCUUCUUCUUCAGCACUUCUACGAGGGACACCCUGAUUCAGUGGCUUACCUUCAACUACACUCGCAUCAAUAUCCGCGUGCAGGCCAUCGUCACGGACCUUGUAUUCGAGCACGCCUUGCGCAUUCGCGUGAAGGCCGGGACAGCGGAAUCGGUAGACCAGGACGAAGGCGAGGCUUCCGAUGCCACUGUGGUUGGGACCCCGGACUCGCAGGAGGCGACGUCACAGGAUGAUGGCGCGACAGGAAACGCAGCCGACAGCUCUAGCACACCCACAAGCGCAGCAGCCAAGGGAAAAGCGAAAGCGCCGCAGAAACUCGAUGACGUUAAGGUGGAUCGUGCAGAGAAGAACGUCCAUCUCAUGGGGAGGAUCAACAACCUCGUGUCGAGCGACCUUCAGAACCUCAACGACCUGAGUAUGAUGAUCAUCUUUUGGACGGUCGAGAUGCCAUUCCACGUCCUCUUCUGCACUAUCUUCCUAUACAAGGUUCUCGGAUGGAGUGGGGUUGUUGGGAUCGUAAUAACGGCAUGCUUACUACCCAUCCCGGGGUACUUUGCCAAGCGUGUUAAAGGCCUACAAACCGAGAGGAUGAAGCGUACGGAUGCGCGGGUCCAAACUGUCACCGAAAUGAUGAACGUCAUUCGUAUGAUCAAGCUGUUCGGAUGGGAGGACCGCAUGGCUACGCAACUCGACGAGAAGCGCGAAGCAGAGCUAAAGGCGGUGCGCAAGACAAGGAUCCUCAACGCCUGCUUAGGCCUGUUCAAUUACUCAUCACCCUACCUUGUCAUGGUUCUGACUUUCGCCACAUAUACUGUGAUCUUCAAGCACGAACUGACUGGCAAGCCUGAUAUCAUGCAUCGAGAAUCGUCGGCGGUGUUCUCGUCAAUGACCGUGUUCGAAAUGCUCCGACGAGCGAUGGCAGGGUCCUUCAUGUUACUGCCUAUGACGACACAAGCCUGGGUGUCCUUAGGUCGAAUCUCUGACUUCCUCUGGGAGACAGAGCUCAUCGACGAGUUCGCGGAAGGCAACAGGUUUGAGGGGACGAUACACGGAGUCGGAUCGACUGCGGUCCCCGAAGACCGAUCGGAUGUUGUUGGCAUUCGCCAUGCGUCGUUCACUUGGUCCAUCGACUCCACCGCGACCUCGCGUACUCCAGGCAGGACGCGCAAACGGCACUUUGUACUCACUGUCGACGACGAGCUGCUCUUCCAGCGCGGUAAGAUAAACUUGAUUGUAGGCCCCACUAGCUCUGGGAAGACGUCCCUGCUCAUGGCGUUGCUUGGGGAGCUGCACUUCAUCCCGUCAGGCCCGGACUCGUAUGUGAAUCUUCCCAGAGAGAACGGUGUCGCAUACGCGGCGCAGGAGUCAUGGGUGCAGAAUGACACCAUCAGAAACAACAUUGUCUUCGGAGCUCCCUACGACCAAGUGCGAUACGAUAAAGUCAUCGAACAGUGUGCACUGCAGCAAGACCUCAGCCUCUUUGAAGCUGGAGACCAAACUGAAGUAGGCGAGAAGGGCAUAACCUUGAGUGGCGGACAGAAAGCCCGGAUCACUCUCGCUCGUGCGGUAUACUCGUCCGCAGACAUACUUCUGCUCGAUGACAUCCUUGCCGCGCUAGACGUGCAUACCUCCAAGUGGAUCGUAGAACAGUGUUUUAAGGGUGAUUUAUUGCAAGGUCGCACUAUCAUUCUAGUCACGCACAAUGUCGCUCUAGUCAGCCCGGUUGCAGACUUCGUCGUCGACAUGGACUCGCACGGGCGCAUUCUAAGUCAAGGCUCUCUUGCCAAUGUAUUGGAGCACGACUCUCACCUCGUGAAGGAAGUCAUAGAAGAACGCGAGGAGAUCGAGAAGGCCGAGAUUGAAGCGAGUAUCGAUAAACCGGAGGACGCGAUGGCGAAACAAACCGCUGGAAAGCUCGUCAUCGAUGAGGAGAUAGAAGUUGGGCACGUUGGGUGGACGGCACUCAAGUUAUUCCUCGGCAACACGUCAAACCGACCCGUUCUGUUUUGGCUCGUCUUUGUCGUGAGCCAGACAUCCCACCAUGCGCUUAUGAACUUGCAGUCAUGGUAUCUCGGUCACUGGGCAUCGCAAUAUGAGACUCGCCCAUCGAGCGAGGUAUCUCUGCUGCAUUACCUGUCGAUAUACGCCGCUAUAGUUGUCGUCAUGAUGAUGCUAGUGGUGCUCAUCGUUUUCUGGAUCCUCUACGGUUCUAUCAGGGCGGCAAGAAUAGUUCAUCGGAGACUUAUCCGAUCCGUCCUUUGCACAACGCUCAGAUGGCUGGAUAGAACUCCAACGGCCCGGAUCAUCACCCGCUGUACCGAGGACAUGCAGACAGUGGACAACGGCAUAGCCGGCACUUCUCAGGUGCUCGUAGACAUGACCGUAUUCGUGAUACUCAAAUUCGUCGCCGUAGUAAUCUUCACGCCGAUCUACAUAUUCCCUUCCAUCGUAGUUGCGAUACUGGGCGGCUUCCUCGGGAACGUGUACAUGAAGGGGCAGCUUUCGACCAAGCGGGAGUUGAGCAACGCCAAGGCGCCAGUCCUCGGCCAUUUCGGCGCUGCCAUUAGCGGAAUCACCUCAAUCCGAGCCUACGGCGCUCAGGAAGCUUUCAAGAAAGAGCUAUCCGCACGCGUGGACAAAUACAGUAGGGUGUAUGUCAUGCACGAGAACUUCAACAGGUGGAUCUCCGUGCGCAUGGACUUCACCGGAACUGUCUUCGCGAGCACUCUCGCCGCGUAUAUUGUCUACGGCUCUCGAUUGAGCGCGUCGGACACGGGCUUCUCCAUCAACACGGCUACCGCACUCAGUGGAAUGAUAUUCUACGUGGUCAGGUAUCUGAACAUGUUUGAGGUUCAAGGUGAUAGCUUGGAGCGCAUACAUCAAUAUCUCUCCGUUGAACAAGAGCCAACGCCUAUUUCUGACGGCGUUCCUCCAGCGUACUGGCCCGCAAGCGGACACCUGGUGGUGGAGAAUCUCUCUGCCCGGUACUCCCCUGACGGACCGAAGGUCCUGCACGACGUCUCGUUCGAGGUCGCGCCGGGAGAGCGCGUGGGCAUUGUCGGCCGUACGGGCAGUGGAAAGGCUCGUUUCCGCAUCUGUAAAGGGCCGUACUCAGGACUGACAGUCAUACAGAGCUCCCUGACGCUGGCGCUGCUCCGUUGCAUCCUCACGGAGGGCAACGUUCUCUAUGACGGGCUAGCGACUGACAAGCUCAAUCUCGACGCUCUGCGCUCCAAUAUCACCAUCAUCCCGCAAGUGCCGGAACUUCUCAGUGGGACACUCCGCCAGAACCUGGACCCGUUCGCCGAAUACGACGAUGCCCUUCUCAAUGACGCACUUCGCUCCGCAGGGCUCUUCAAUCUGCAAGAGGAAGGCGAUAAGACGCGCAUCACGCUCGACACGGAGAUCGCGGGCGGAGGUGCAAACUUGUCCGUUGGGCAGCGACAGAUCCUCGCUCUCGCGCGGGCUAUCGUUCGGAGGAGUAAACUGCUGAUCCUUGACGAAGCUACUUCUGCGAUUGAUUACGAGACAGACGCGAUCAUCCAGACGUCCCUUCGCACAGAGCUGGGCAAGGACGUGACCCUGCUCACAGUUGCGCACCGCCUGCAGACGAUCAUGGACGCCGACAAGAUCAUGGUUCUAGAUGCCGGACGCCUCGUCGAGUUUGGUAAGCCGAGCGAACUGCUCGAGAACGAGAAAGGCCUGUUCCGCGCACUGGUGGAUGAGAGCGGGGACAGGGAGAAGCUGUAUGCAACAGCGAUGGGCGCGUCAGCGUCGUAGUCUUGGCGUG